CUUUAACAUGUCGACCUGCGCUGAUUAAACCCGUCAUUCUGCCUCGAAAAUGCCCAAAAACUGUGUUGUUUUUGGUUGUGCAAACCACAACUUGAAACAGGGAAAACAAAGGUCUUAUUUUGUUCUGCCAAAGCGUGCUAAAAGCCCACAGAGAAGAGACAAAUGGCUCGCAGCUUUACACCGGGAAAACGAGGACGGUUCUCACUGGAGUCCCCCAAAAUCCCGGGUCGUGUGUUCGGAUCACUUCGUUUCUGGACGACCUGUAAAGAAUCCCAUGCACCCUGAUUAUGCACCAUCCAUCUUACCUCACCUGCCACAGAGUGGAAAGAAGGCAUCCCAUAGGAUGGAGAGUUGCGAGCGGCAUCAACUUACAACUUCAAAGCGUGAAUCGGCAGCAGAGAACUCAAAAAGUACAAAGGAACACUGUGUGAAACGACUACCUUUUAGUGAUCCAACGGAAAGGACAAAUGAGUGUGAAAACAUUGAGCCUGCUGCAAUCAAUGUUAACAUGUUGACUGAGCUGCUGAGAGAAGAGUCAACCCAGACUGAGCCUGAUCAACGACAGCAACUGAUCCAACAGCUGAACUCUGAGAUACAGGCCCUGCGACAGGAGGGGGAUAACAUGGCUUCCACCGCGUUGCUCUCGCCCAUGGUGGAUUACUACAACGACGAAGAGGAACUCGACAGUGUGGACGACGACGACGACCGCAGCUUCAGAGGCAGAGACUCGGAAGAAGACACAGAAGACGCCAGCGAAACAGACCUCGCCAAGCACGAUGAGGACGACUAUGUGGAGAUCAAGGAACAAAUGUACCAGGACAAGCUGGCCUCCUUAAAAAGACAACUGCAGCAAUUACAAGAAGGCACACUGCAGGAGUAUCAGAAGAGGAUGAAGAAGUUAGACCAGCAGUAUAAAGAGAGACUCCGCAACGCAGAUCUCUUUCUUAAGCUUGAGACGGAUCAGGUGGAGAGAAACUACAACAAGGAGAAGAAGGCGGCGGUGAAGGAGUUUGACGACAAGAAGGUGGAACUGAAGGAAAACCUCAUCGCCGAGCUGGAGGAGAAGAAAAAGAUGAUCGAGAAUGAAAAGCUAACCAUGGAGCUAACAGGCGAUUCCAUGGAGGUGAAACCCAUCAUGACCCGGAAGCUGAGGAGGCGACCCAACGACCCGGUGCCCAUUCCUGACAAACGGAGAAAGCCUGCACCUGCGCAGUUAAACUACCUUCUCACGGACGAUCAGAUCAUGGAAGACCUAAGAACGUUAAAUAAGCUCAAGUCACCAAAGCGACCAGGUGUGUCGGCGCUCACGCCAACGUCAUUGAUUGCUCAAACUUCUUCAGUAUCCCCUUCGUCGCCGGAGCACAUCCCCUCCGCGCCCAUGGAGUACCCGUCCCAGCGCUUUGAGGCCCGCAUCGAGGAGGGCCGCCUGUACUACGACAAAAGAUGGUACCACAAGAGCCAGGCCAUCUACCUGGAGUCCAAAGACAACACCAAGAUCAGCUGUGUCAUCAGCUCAGUGGGCACCAACGAGAUUUGGGUGAGGAAGACCAGCGACAGCACAAAGAUGAGGAUAUACUUGGGGCAGCUGCAAAGGGGAGCCUUUGUUAUCCGGCGACGGUCAGCGGUGUGAAACACCAAGCCUUCACCAAACUGUACAUUGAAACCCGACCCCUUGCUGGACAUUUGUAUACGACCCCUGACUGUACAUUUAUACCCCCCCCACACACACACACACCUGUACAUUUGUCUGACACACGUCUCAUCUGCUUUUAUUAGUUUGUUCUUCAAAAUAAAUCGAAUUCCGUUGCCAUUUUGUUACAACA